AAACAAUGACACGCCUCACCGAGGAAAUGGUCAUUGCUCGCUCCAAGCAAUCCGAUUUGGGGUCCAUCAAAAAGCUCAAUUGCUGUUGAAGAGGUCGAUGGUUGUUCAGAACGAGACAUGUUUUCAACGAUCGUUCAACCUUUGAAGGUUUUGUACCACUCGUGGGCUGGUGUUUCCGAACCAUCGAAUCAAAUUACAUUUGCCAUUGGAAAUUCUAAUGCAUCAGCAGACAAAUCUAGAGUUAACAGGACGUGGAACGCCAAGCAGCAAUCAAGGGGAAGUGAUCUCAGCGAUGUCUCCAUAAUUAAAAGAAUGCGUGGUGUGGAAGUAUUGGCGCUAAGUGUCAACAAAAUAACCACACUGCAACCAUUCGAAGACUGCCUAAAACUUCAGGAAUUAUAUUUGCGUAAAAACAAUAUACAGGAUAUUAAUGAAAUCGCUUAUCUGCAAAACUUGCCAGUACUCAAGUAUUUGUGGUUGGAGGAAAAUCCAUGCUGUGAUCGAGUUGGACCCAGUUACCGCCAAACAGUGCUGCGCGCCUUGCCGAAUCUCAAGAAGUUGGAUAAUGUGGAGGUGACGCAAGAGGAGCUUGAUGAGGCGUUGCGCGCUGGUGGUAGCGGCAGUGGCAGCGGUGGUACGCGCGAAGAGGAAGACGUCUAUGAGGAUAGCUAUGCGCAACAACAACCACCGUCACGUUACGAACAACCGUCGCCUCCACAGCAACAACAGCAACAACAAGCGCAACAAAAUCACUACCCGCCACAACGACAACAACAGCAACAGCAGCAACAGCAACAAGCGUCGCAAUAUCCACACCAUCCGUCACCGCAACAGUAUCAACAGCAACAACGACGCAGUUCCAGUCCAAUGAAAGAGCCCUCGACACAAAAUAGUCCGGCAAAUACUGAGGAAAGCGCCAGCGAACCAAGCAAAAGCAACGAGGUCUCAAAACCAGCCUCACCCGCACAGGAGCCAGUUGCGCAUACACCCUCACCGAAAUAUAAUUCAUACACGAACGUGAAUCGGUUGUCUUAUCAUCAAUAUGAUCAGCGCUCCCCAGGCUCGGACCAGGAUAGUCCGCAUGUGGGGUAUCGGGAACGCGCGCCCAUACCGCCUAGUAUAUCCACACAAUCGAUGAAGGAAUACUAUCAGUCUGACCGUCCGUCCUAUCCUGCCCAUUAUCGUCACAGCCAAACCGAUCUGACCGAGUGGGAGGAGCAUCAGCAGCACAAUCAAUUCGGCAGCACAGCUGCGCUGCAUCAUGUGGGUGGUCCGCGUCGUGGUGACGUCAGCGACCGCUACGCGUAUCGAAAUGGCAGCGCGCGCGAAAAUGGCGGCGAUUGGGAGGACGCAGAACGGCCGCGACCCAGGCGGCCCGAUGGACGCUACAGCGACUCUGCCAGCACCGUCUCAACAGCUGUACUUAAUCAUUAUUCGGGCUAUCACAGACGUCCCAUAAAUCGGAGUUCCAAUCUGUUAUCAGCAACGCUGUGUCUCGUCAAGGAGCUAGACUACCCGAGUCUGGAGGUGGUGGAGCAUGCAGUGCGUUGUCGCAUCGAUGAGCUUUCCGCCGAUUGAUGAUGAACGCGCCGCAUGCCAUCCUACUGAGGGUUGCGGCGGCCACAAUGAAGCGCCCCACUAAACACUUGCCGGUGGAACUUCGAAACAAAAACAACAACAAAGCAAAAAAUAAAAACAAAAACGAAAGAACUGUAUGCUACGGACCUACAAGUUGGCGACGGAAAAGCGAUAAUUGAAACAAGGGCGAUGGACUGUAAAUACUCACGACCUGAUGGUGGGCAUGACACCACAAAUUGGCCACGAAUAUUGAACUAAUUUAACUAUUAUCUUGCGAUUAACUAAAAUUAAGUAAUUCGACUAGAAAUUUUGAUUUGACAAUUUUCUUGUUUUAGCGGUAUUUAACUCGUACAUAAAUGCAGUGUAAUUAAAGAAAUUUGUUCAUUUCUAACAAAAUUAGUAUUUAUAGUUAAAAGCGGACUUUUGGUGGAAUUGUUGAGCGAAAGCGCUAAGAAAUUCGCUGCCGAAAUUUAUGUACAAUAACGGUUAAAUGCAAACGAAAUAAGGUUUUAGCAUGAAAACUGCAGCAACUGAGAAUGAAAAUAGAAAGAAAUUGCUGUUGAAACAGACUUGCCAAUCAAACACACAGACAUAUAUAUAAAUAAACUUAAAUAGCAUACAAAUAAAUUACUUUCAUAUAAAUUUAAA